AUGACCACCAGACACAGACGACAACCGAGUAUCAAUUCCCAAACGUUUGCGGUGCCUGAGACGGAAGUUAGCGAUGUUGAAGAGAUGUCCACUGAUAGUUAUCAGGAUUCAAUUGAUGAAGACCAUGAAACUAGAGAAUUUGAUCCUGUUGAAUAUUUAAACGACUCUUUAGAGAAUGCUUUGACAAGUAUGGAGAUGAAUAGGUCCAUGGUGAUCCAAGCUCAGACUUCUGGAGCGUUGAAAGGGAAAGAAUUGGAAUUGAUUCAAUUACAACAAGAAGCUGAAGAACGUUUACUACAAUUUCAAAAAAGGUUUAAAGAUGGUUUGAAAACUUUGAGACAAGUGGUUAAGGAUUUAAAAUGGACACAGCAACAUGUUUCUGGUAUAAGGAAACAUCUGGAGACAAAUCAUCCUAUUGAAUAUUCUCAAUCAAGAGAUAAAAUCUUAUCAAGAAAUAUUAAUAUUGAUGAAAUAACGAAGAAAAAUGAUGAUGAUGAUGAUAAUGAUGAUGCAAAGAUUUACAUAUAA